UUUCGUCUUCCUGCUUCCAUCUUUGGCUAUAAAAGCAUGUGCCAAGAACAAGGAGGUACCACCAUUCACAUCCCACUAAUUAAGAUAGAUCCAUAGGUACCGAUCGAUUAAGGUACGGUGGCCAUGCACAUGGCUCAAGCAGUGCUACACGAGCUGCUCCAUGGAGAAGCAGCGGUCCCACGAGGAGCAUUUUUCUUCCUCGUCUCGCUCUUCUCCCUCGUGCUUCUGCCGAUCCUACUCCGCCACUUUGCUGCAUCAACCGCGAGCGCGAGGGAUGACAAGCUGCUGAGCAAGCUCCCUUCGCCUCCGAACAAGCUCCCCGUCAUCGGCCACCUGCACCUCAUGGGCGCUCUCCCCCACGUCUCCCUCGCCGCGCUCGCCGCCAAGCACGGGCCCGACCUCAUGCUCCUCCGCCUCGGUGCCGUGCCCACAGUGGUCGCCUCCUCGCCACGCGCCGCCGAGGCCGUCCUCCGCACGCACGACCACGUCUUCGCGUCGCGGCCCCGGUCCAUGGUCGCCGACAUCAUCGUCUACGGGGCCUCGGACUCGUGCUACGCGCCCUACGGCGAGCACUUCCGCAAGGUCAGGAAGCUCGUCACCAUGCACCUGCUCAACUCCAAGAAGGUGCAGUCCUACCGCCCGGUGCGGGAGGAGGAGGUGCGGCUGGUCAUGGGCAAGCUCGCCACGGCGGCGGUCGCGCGCGCCGUCGUGGACAUGAGCGAGCUGCUGCACUCCUUCGCCAACGACCUCAUCUGCCGCGCGGUCUCCGGCAAAUUUUUCCGGGAGGAAGGCCGGAACAACCUGUUCCGGGAGCUCAUCGACACCAACGCCGCGCUCUUGGGAGGCUUCAACCUUGAGGACUACUUCCCGAGGUUGGCGAGGCUGGAGCUGCUCAGCAAGGUCAUCUGUGCCAAGGCCAAGAAAAUCGGCAAGAGGUGGGACCAGCUGCUUGACAAGCUCAUCGACGACCAUGUACGCAGGGCGGUGCGCCGUGAGGACGACGCGGAGCAAGAAGACAGCGACUUCAUCGACGUUCUGCUCUCCCUUCAGGAGGAGUAUGGUCUCACCAGGGACCAUAUGAAGGCCAUCUUGAUAGACAUGUUCGAAGCUGGUACCGACACGUCGUAUCUGGUUCUAGAGGUCGCCAUGGCUGAGCUCAUGCAGAAGCCGCACCUCAUGUCAAAGCUACAAGACGAGGUGAGGAGAAGCGUACCGAAGGGGCAAGAAAUGGUUACCGAGGACGAUCUUGCUAGCAUGACCUUCCUGAAGGCUGUCAUCAAGGAGACGCUCCGGCUGCACCCGCCUGCGCCUCUAUUGAUCCCACAUCUCUCCAUAGAUGCCUGCGACAUCGAUGGCUACACGAUCCCGGCUGGGACACGGGUCAUCGUCAAUGCCUGGGCAAUCGGCAGGCUAAGCAGCUGCUGGGACAAGGCAGACGAGUUCCGACCAGAGAGAUUCAUGGAUGCCGAUGACGUCGAUCUCAAGGGGAAAGACUUCCAUUACCUGCCAUUUGGGUCCGGGCGGAGGAUGUGCCCAGGGAUUCACUCCGCGGCAGCUACCCUUGAGAUCAUGCUGGCAAACCUCAUGUACAGUUUCGACUGGGAGCUGCCGGCAGGGGUGAAGAAGGAGGAUAUUGAUAUGACGGAGGUGUUUGGAUUGACAGUGCACAUGAAGGAGAAGCUCUUCUUGGUCCCAAAGGUUCCUUAGAAGGUGAUCUGGAUGUGUUGGAUUGUCACGUGUCUAUCGUCGACUGUGCUGUGUGUUGAAGACUGUAUUAUGAAAAUGGAGUUCGUCGGGGUCGGUUUGAACUCGUUAAAGAUAUAAUUGGAUGAUUCAAAGUGUAAUCUAUUAGGGAUAAAUUUUAUCCGAUGUUCAAAUUGACUUCGCUCGCCGCAUAGUCGUCGCCUGUUGUCGCACAGUGCUCUGUUCUGUUGCCGUACAUGUGCUCUGUUCUGUUGUCGCACAGAACCUUGGCUUGUUCUCUCGUACUGUGCACGUGUUGUUGGCUGGUCAUUUUUUACAAUAAAUAGAUACUCAUGUACGUGCUGCACUGCAUGCCGGUUAAAAUAUUCUACACCUGUGUGGUUAAACUCGCCAUUGUUUAUGAUAUCUUCU